AUUUUUGAUUUAAUAUUAAAAAAUUAUUUUUCAGAGAGUGUAACCGCCGCCAAAAUUAAAAUUAAAAUUAAAAAAAUAAUAUUUAAAAAAUUCAAAGGCCAAAUUUCCAGGGCGAACUGUCCUCUAUCUAGAAUUAAUUAAUUAUUCAUUAUUACAUUUAUUAUGUAUUAUUACAUAUUACAACCUAUACGUAUAGAUCGUAUAUGGUACAGUUAUAUAUAUAUAAUAUGAUGAUGAUUAUGAUGUGAUUUUUGGAUUUUUGGGGUUUUUUUUUUGAGAAAGAUUUGGGCUUUUGAUUUUUUUACAAAAAUAAAAAAAAAAUAAACUUUUUCUCAGAGGGGGACAAUGGGCUCGCCGUCGAAGGCCGGCGAGUACCCGACCCGGAUCGCGGCGAGGUCAUCGAUGAUAGACUCGUUUAGGGGUUGUGGACUGAGUGGGAUGAGGAUUGAUAAGGAGGAUUUGAAGAAGAAGCUUUUCAUGCCUCGAUACUUGCGUCUCGCUAUGCGUGACUCUAUUAGGUUUAAAGACCCUACCGCCGGUGAGACUCGUCUCCAAGAACGCGGCGAUGCUGAUUCCUCUAUAGCUGCCGCCGGCGAUGGUGAUGGUGAUGGGGUUGGGGUUGAGGAGUUAAAGCAUUCGCCUUUGUGUCCUAUGGUGGUUUUUAUUAAUUCUCGUAGCGGUGGUCGCCAUGGGCCUAUGCUUAAGGAGAGGCUUCAACAGUUAAUGGGGGAAGAACAGGUUUUUGACCUAUCAGAUGUGAAGCCUCACGAAUUUGUCCGUUAUGGACUGGGUUGCCUCGAACUGUUGGCUCAACUUGGUGACUCCUGUGCCAAAGAGUGUCGUGAAAAGAUGAGAGUUAUGGUUGCAGGCGGUGAUGGUACGGUUGGUUGGGUAUUAGGAUGUCUUGGAGAACUAAACAAACAGAGUCGAAAUCCAGUUCCUCCCGUAGGAAUAAUUCCACUUGGUACAGGAAAUGACUUAUCUAGGAGUUUUGGCUGGGGUGGUUCUUUCCCUUUUGCGUGGAAAUCAGCCAUUAAAAAAACACUCAACAGGGCUACUACUGGUCAAAUUUGUCGUUUGGAUAGUUGGCAAGUUCUAUUGUCAAUGCCUGCUGGAGAAGUUGUGGAUCCGCCUCACUCUCUGAAGCAUACAGAAGAGUGUGCUCUUGAUGAGGGGUUGGAUAUCGACGGGGAGUUGCCUGAGAAAAAGACUUGUUAUGAAGGAGUAUUUUAUAAUUACUUUAGCAUAGGAAUGGAUGCUCAGGUUGCUUAUGGGUUUCAUCAUCUACGUAACGAGAAACCUUACCUGGCACAAGGACCAAUUUCAAAUAAGUUGAUCUAUUCUGGUUAUAGUUGUGGUCAAGGUUGGUUCUUUACACCUUGUACAAGUGAUCCACGAUUAAGGGGACUAAAAAAUAUUCUGAGGCUGCAUGUUAAAAAGGUCAAUUGCUCAGAAUGGGAGCACAUUAAUGUCCCUUCAAGUGUAAGAGCUAUUGUUGCUUUAAAUCUUCAUAACUAUGGAAGUGGACGACAUCCCUGGGGUAAUUUGAAGCCUGAUUAUUUGGAAAAGAAAAAAUUUGUUGAGGCCCAUGCUGACGAUGGUCUUCUAGAGAUUUUUGGCCUUAAGCACGGGUGGCAUGCAUCAUUUGUCAUGGUCGAACUCAUCUCUGCCAAACACAUUGCUCAGGUACUGCUCUUUGUUUAUAAAGAUUUGUUUUUGAACAUUUUUGUUGUUUUGUUUUCAGGCUGCUGCGAUCCGGUUGGAAAUUAGAGGAGGCGAGUGGAAAGACGCUUACAUGCAAAUGGACGGUGAGCCAUGGAAACAGCCAUUGAAGCAAGAAUUUUCAACAUUUGUGGAAAUAAAAAGGGUUCCUUUCCAAUCACCUAUGAUUAAUGGGGAGUGAUUGUGUAAAAUCAUGGUUUAUUUAUUAUUAUUAUUAUUCCCUUUGUUGUAAAAAUAUAUAAUUAUCUUUAGGCCUAAGGGAAAGGGGGUUGUGUUAAAGUCAAAAAAAAAAAAAAAAAAAAAAAGAAGAAAAGAAUGUGUUUUACUAGCAAUCCCCCCUCAAACUCUGAGAAAAAGAAAAGAUUCUUUAGCCCAAUGAACCAGAUUUGAUGUAUGGUUGUGUACCAAAUCUGGUCUUGAUUCUCAUUUAUGCUUAUUGGUGAAUGGUGAUUAUGAUUAUGAUUA